AUGACGUCAUCAUCAGCAUCAGCGCGACAAUCAGCUGAAGCCUCCAAGCCAAAAGUAGAACCGCCACCCCAACCACCCUCUCAACCACAGUCACCCCCUCAGCGAGCUCCCCAAAAACCACAGGCUCCUCCCAAAUCGACCUCUCCCCCAACUGAACAAGAUACUAAAAAUAAAGGUGCUAGUGACCAAAAGGCGAAAGAUGACAAAAAAUCAAAGGCAGAUAAUAAAAAAAGUAAAACUGAAGAUGCUAGUAAAAAUACUGAGGAAGGAAAGAAAGAAAAGAAAGGGGGUUUCUUCUCAAAUUUGUUUAAAAAGGACAAAACUAAAGAUGAAGAUGCCAGCAAAUCAGAAACCAACAAACCAACGGAAAGUGACCAAAACAAAACCACAACACCAAAGGAAAAUGAUCCAAACACUGAUCAACAAAAUGCCCAACCACCCAAGCAGCCUUUUACGUCCACAGAAUCACCACAACUACCACCACAACAACAACCGCAACAACAACCGCAACAACCGCAAAAUAAUAACGAUGACCAACAACAACAACCUAGCACGUCAACGAAUGAAGCGGAAAAAACUGACCAACCGACGUCACCCGAUGAAAAAGAAUCACCUCACACGUCUAUAGCGAACGAAACUUCACCGAAAGUUCCACCGAAAAAUUCCGCCAACCUCAAUGCAGAAGAAGACAAAAAAUCCGAACCAACCAACAACAAAGAUGAUAUUUUAAGAGAUAAACCAACAGAUAAAGACCCGAAAAAAGUUGCAGAUGAGAAGAAAGAUGAAAAGAAAAAAUCAGGAGGUGGUUUUUUCUCAGGAGUGAACAAAUUUUUCAACCCGGACCCUUCACCAGAGGAGGAAAAGAAACCAAUUGAAAACCCCAAAAUAAAAACUCCCGAAAAAAAAUCCGGUGGAUUCUUCUCUGGACUUUUCGGCAAAGAUGAUGACAAACCAAAGUUGAGUGAAAAAGUCGAGGAAGUCAAAAAGGAUGAAGAAAAUAAUAAUAAACAGGAAAAGGACGAUAAGAAAGAUUCUAAAUCUAUCACUUCCGCUCAAAAAAAUCCGACAGAUGAUGACGAUUUUGACAUCUACGAUGAUUACGAAGAGGAAGAAGAAGAAAUAGACGCAAAAAUUGAGCCAAAGAAAAUUAGAAAAAAACAAAGAACAAAAAGACCAAAUAUGGAAGACCAAUUUGAGAUUGGGGAGGGUCAUUUGAUUAAAUAUCUUGGCGAUCCAUUUACUGAAACUUUGGUCUUGAACCCUAAGCUGUUUGACAGAUUUGGAGGAUGCCUCACUAAUUCUGAAAGAUCAUUAGGCUUGGUUCCAGGCAAAUAUGUGGAAUAUGCCGACGAUAAAUCGGAUCCAAAUCGAAUUAGGAAAAUUUUUGUCCAGGGUUUAAUUCCGAGGGGUCCAGCUGAUAAGGGCGGUGUUUUUGUUGGCGACCAUAUUGUAUCUGUUGACGGGACACCGGUCGAUUUCACAAACUACAAUGACGUUAUCCAAAGAAUUGAAUAUGAUAAAAAGGUCAGGGUCACAUUUCAAAGGGUCAUCAUUCAAUACGACAACAAUCAGCUGACGUCACCGUCAUCAUCGUCGUCAUCGUUGUUUUCCCGCCAAAAAUUAACAUCGGCUAAAUCGUUUGACGUUCCAGACGUAUUUCAACAAGAGAGUUGCGCUAUUGUGACUAAUAUAUCAGGCGGCGAGCAAUUAUCGAAAAAUUUAGAAGCGGGAAUGGCGCCAUGCGGUGUUCUUUAUUUAAAGAAAGACAUUUCAUCGAAAGACCUCCAAGAAUUAGACGCCAAGGAAGAUGUAUUAUACAGCUAUCCACACAUAGUGACACCUAACAACAAAUUAAUAUUAAUCAGAGGUGCCUUGGUUACUUUAAACUCGCUCGUCUCUUUCAUUUCUAAGAGACCUGUAUUCAUGACGACAGUCUCAGUGGAAGGUGUUCUGAUGAAUGUAAUCCACAUGUUGUUAGGUGACGAUGCAGUGUUGCUUGUGGCGGUACCGAGUUCCAAGUGUUCGAGAUCUCAGUUAUCAACAGUCGCGAAUGAUAUUGAAAGGCUAAUAAGACUUCAGUUUGCCUCAGUUGAAAAAGCGUUUUCGGACCCAGCCAAUCACGUUCGCCUAGACGAGUUGUUUAGAGGCUGUUUAUCAUUCCUGAUGUUUAACCCAGAGGCUUAUGACACGAAUGUAAACGAAAAAUUAAACCAAGUCACCAUGAGUGAAUCCUUUUUUGAUUACUCUCCUUAUAAAAGAGUGGUGGUCCUUGAUUUGGAUGUAAAACUUAAAGUAGAUGAAUGUCUAUCUAGCUUCGAGGCAGCUGAUUUUGGGAACAUGUCCGAAGACUAUUACUGUUCAAGAAGGAUCUUUCAGAGCUUGGGCUCAUCAUUCUACUAUAAAGGCUACUUAGUGGCGAGCCACCUGACGGCGCGGCAAAAACGCGACGUCGACUGCCUCCUCAAAUACAGCCACAUGCUGUCGCACAGUGAGAACCAACAAUUCGAUACGAAAUUACUAUGGAUCGAACUUUAUAAUAAUAAUAAUAAUAAUAAUAAUAACAAUAAUAAUAAUAAUAAUAAUAGUAAUAAUAAUGCAAAUAAUAAUAAUGAGUGUUAUGGAGUUUACGAUAGACCGUUUGAAAUUGGCUAUAGAACAUUUUUGCUUGCGCUCUAUGCGGAGAACUCGGUUCUCGCCACGCUGCUAGAAAGUGACCCGAUUUCUAGCGAUCUCAUUGGUCCGUGGCCAUCCGCUGACCUCUUCAUGGUCAGCCAAUUAAAAUUCUCGCACACCCAGUUGUUAUAUUCCGGUGUGAUAGACAGAAUAGAUGAUGGUCUGAAGUUGGACGCUAGACCGGCUCUAGCAAACAUUGAUUGGUUCCUAAAGGCACCCAAAUUGAAGACAGUAAAGCAGAGAUUUCUGAAGCUAUUUAAAAUGGAGAAACGAUUGAAGUAUGAACCGUCACCUAAAGUUGAGGAUGGUGAUAAGGAUAAUAGAAAUAGUGAUGGCGGUAAGAGCAAGAAUUACAUUAUGGCUAGACAGAUGUCAGAUAGCACCUUAUACAUACGCAACCAACUAAGCCAUGGCGAUGAUGAUAAUGAUGACAAUGGUGAUGAUGAUGAUGACGACGAUCGUGGUGGUGCUGGUAGUGAUGCUAAAAAAGGUUUGAAGUCACCGAUGAGGAAGUAUUCGCUGGACUUCUUUGAAAAGACCGGUUGUUACAAAGAUGACAGAAAAAUAAGAUACCUAAAGAUGAAUGAUUUCGUGACGUCAUUUGAACAUCUGAACCAAAGAAAUUUCAUCCUUCCCGCCCUCAAAUUAAACGCCGGCUACAACAACACAGUCUUCAAUUACUGCUACGUAGAUCACAGCAACGAGAUCACACUAACUCCAUCACAGCAGCAGCUGGCCAACUUCACUUCCGCCACAAACUAUGACGUCACGAUGAAUUUCAACAGAGUCUGCGGCAUUAUUCAUGAUCUUUUUGGGGAUAGUAAUAAGUUGAGGAAAUCUCCAUGGCCGUCAUCAUCAUCAUCAUCGCCACCGGAAAGGAAAUUUACCGACGAACCGGUAUCCGAAUAUGGCAUCAAGUUUCGAUGUAAGAGAGUCGAGUAUAAGAACGACGAAUCGAGUAGUAACGGUGGCCGCGAUGAUGUGCACACUUACUACUGGGUCGUUGGGCGAAUUAUAAAGACACCAAACGGUGGUCUGGAUGAAUUCUUUGUCUGCUACCACCAUUCUGCCCAGCAAAGCGUCGUUGACAUGGCUUUUAAACUCGUACAGGGGUCUCUCAAUACGUAACAAUAAUAUAAUUAUUUAAUAUAAUAAUUAUAAUAAUAAUAAUUAUUAUUAUUAUAUUAUUAUUUUUAUGAGGUUGGCCAUGUUAGUGGUGGCAUGUUCAGUUUUCUUCCUUAUAACAAAAUUCUUAACGUCAGUUGUUAAUAACUGACUCAAGACGUUUUAUUAUUAUUGUUAUUGUUAUUAUUUUUUUUUUCUUCUUAAAUACAAUUUCU